UGACAACUCUUCUCGACCUGGGGGCAGUAGUGAGCCUUAUGUGCAUCUGAUCAGUCCCAAUUUUAUACAACGAAGAAGAAGGAGAACCAACGUCAGCAUACAGUGUCUCAGAAUGGCUACAGGGGUCGACCAAGCAGUUGGCAUGAGCCUGGUGGGCUUCAGUCUGCUGCUGUUUAUAUACUACUCUAUCUGGGUCAUCAUCCUGCCCUUCAUGGACAGAGAUCAUGUACUGCACAAGUAUUUUCUUCCCCGGGAAUACUCAGUCAUCCUGCCUGGUAUUGCUGCAGUAAUACUAUUACUCUGUAUAGGGACCUUCACUGCAGUUGUCAUGUGGAAGAAUCGCAAGCCGAAGAAAGUUGACUAGACGAUGGACGCUUAAGAGACUCUGCUGUGUGGGUCAGGCUGUGAAAUUACCAUCGAUGAUCCCUCGCCGUCUGCAAAAUGCUCCCUGGUGGCUCCAUUUCCAUUCCAGAAAUAAUAAAGCAAAAAAACCCCAAAAGAUUUCAGUUUGCUCCUGACGGAUGUGUAAACAUGACAGUUUGUUGAGUAGCAGUUUCCCUGAACUGCUUAGUUCACAUUAAAAUCUGUCAUCGCUGACAUGUCCAAAGGUUUCACAAAACUCUGGGAAUAACAUUUGGGCUUCUCCAGGCGUUGGCCUAUUGCUUGGCUUGAGAUGACAUUCAGAAAUACUGAUGUAGGGAUUAGGCAGUGUAAAUUGAGAAUGGUGAGUUUAUACCAAUGUAAUCUGUGCAUGUCAAGGAGAUUCAGUCUGUAGUGACUCAGAGCAGCUAGGUGAAAUGGAAAGUUCAUGUGUGGGUUAUGUGUGACAGCCUGGAACAUAAAGUCACCUGGUAUCUCACAGCAGAUGGGCUGUUUUCACCUCUGCCUUUUCAGGUAAUUGGCAAUAACUUGGUAAAAGGGGGACCUGCUCUCUGAUAAAUACACCAGCAGGCGUUCAGGUCAAGGGAUGGAAAAUGUCUGAUGUCCAGUCAGCAACACAGUUGUUUGUAAAUAUUGUGACAUAGGGGAAUCCAUUUUUGUAAUGUUUUUAUUACUCUAAGUGUUGUAGGCAGCCUUUUCCCUGACUUAAUUCAGUUUUACGGCUGUAGUCUGUUGCACAAAGCUAAUGCUGAAAAUGGAAGAGCAGCCAAAUGUCCUUUAGCUGUAAAUGAAAUAAAAUAUUUUGGCUGUGAAUUCUG